CGCUCCGGCUGGCUCCUGCGGCUGCGGGCGGCGGGGAGCCCGGGAGCAGGCCGGCGCGGGACCCCGAGCCCCGAGGAACGAUGAGCCAGGUGCUGGGGAAGCCGCAGCCGCAGGGCGAGGACGACGAGGACGACGAGGAGGAUGAGCUGGUGGGGCUCGCGGACUACGCGGCCGGGCCCGAGUCCUCGGACGCCGAGCUGGACAGCGGGGCGGAAGACCGAGUUUUGGACUUCAGUGACCCUUUCAGUACUGAGGUGAAGCCCAGAAUCUUGCUCAUGGGUCUCAGGAGGAGCGGCAAGUCAUUGGUUCAGAAAGUCGUCUUUCACAAAAUGUCUCCCAACGAGACCCUGUUCCUGGAGAGCACCAACAAGAUCUGCCGGGAAGACGUCUCCAACAGCUCCUUUGUCAACUUCCAAAUUUGGGACUUCCCGGGACAGAUUGACUUUUUUGACCCUACAUUUGACUAUGAGAUGAUCUUCCGGGGAACAGGAGCACUGAUCUUUGUCAUUGACUCCCAGGAUGACUACAUGGAAGCGCUGGCCAGGCUCCAUCUCACGGUGACCAGGGCCUAUAAGGUGAACACUGACAUCAACUUCGAGGUGUUUAUUCACAAAGUGGAUGGUCUGUCAGAUGACCACAAAAUUGAAACCCAAAGAGACAUUCACCAGAGGGCAAAUGAUGACCUUGCAGAUGCUGGAUUAGAAAAAAUUCACCUCAGCUUUUAUCUGACAAGCAUAUAUGAUCACUCGAUAUUUGAAGCUUUUAGUAAAGUGGUUCAGAAACUUAUCCCACAACUCCCAACUCUGGAGAAUUUGUUGAACAUCUUUAUUUCAAAUUCUGGAAUUGAAAAGGCAUUUCUGUUUGAUGUGGUCAGUAAAAUUUAUAUUGCAACCGACAGUACUCCAGUAGAUAUGCAAACUUAUGAGCUCUGCUGUGAUAUGAUAGAUGUGGUUAUUGACAUCUCUUGUAUUUAUGGUCUCAAAGAAGAUGGAGCAGGAACCCCCUAUGACAAGGAAUCAACAGCCAUUAUAAAGCUGAAUAAUACAACAGUUCUUUAUUUAAAAGAGGUGACAAAGUUCCUGGCACUCGUUUGCUUUGUCAGAGAGGAAAGCUUUGAGAGAAAAGGGCUUAUUGACUACAAUUUUCAUUGCUUUCGGAAGGCCAUUCAUGAAGUUUUUGAGGUGAGAAUGAAAGUGGUGAAGUCUCGAAAGGUUCAGAGUCGGCUUCAGAAGAAAACAGCAGCCACUCCUAACGGGACCCCUAGAGUGCUGCUGUAAGCGUACCAAGAGCACCUGAGACCAGACCUUUUUGACAAGGCUGCUGUACCAUGUCACACUACAGAGAGAGGAAGAAGGAGAUUGAUACCCAUCAUAUGGAUGUAUUGUGAAGGAAAAAACUUACUCUUUUUAAAAUAAAAUAAGCACUUUGAAGCAAAAACUUGUA